AGGCGGGGGCGCGCCUCGCACCGCCGCUUGACCUCUCCCCACCCCCAACGCCGCUUGAGCCGGCCCAGAGGGAGGAGAGUCGCUCGCUGCCUUGGUAGCAGCCGGGACGCGGCGGGAUCAUUUCCCCCUCGGCUUCUUGGUUGGGGGCGGGGGUGGGGAGAGCGGCUCUAAUGCACCGCCCCGGGAGAGCAGCGUGGGGCGAGAGCGAGGGGGAGCCUGGGGGGGCGGAAGGGGCCGCGGGGCGGAGGGGAAGCGACGCCCCCUCGCCGACGGUGCUGCUGAGGCGCGGCGGGGAGUCCCCUCUGUGCAAGGAGGAGGUGGCGGCGGUAGGGGCCGAAGCCCGGCAGCCUCUCCUCAGGGGGAUCUUCCGCAUCGGCAAGGAAAGCUGCGACGUGGUGCUGAGCGCCGAGAGGCUCAGCUGGACCCCGAUUCGGCCCCAGAGCCCCACAGGUGGUUCCAGCAUAGACGUGCAGUAUAAAGAGGAACAUGUUGAAAUGAAAGAUGUCUUUUCUGUGAAACUGAAACGUCGUCGUUUGGCUGGACAGCAAAAAGGUGGCUUAUUAUUGGGCAUUACACUAUUUGUCUGUCUGAAAAAAGAACAAAACAAACUUAAGGAUUCUGUUCUCAAUCUCAGUAACUUAAGCGAAGACCACUGUUACAUGUGGUUUAAACAUUUUAAAGAAGUUUUGAAUGGUUUUACAAGUAGGCCAAAGUCGUUAAAAGUGUUUGUCAAUCCACGUAGUCAUAAACAAAAGGCUGCUCGCAUUUACUAUGAUCGCGUUGCACCCCUCUUUAAGCUCGCUGACAUCAGAACUGACCUUAUAGUUACUGAGUAUGAAGGACAUGCUCUUGCAGUGCUUAAGGAAUGUGACCUAAAAUCCUUUGAUGGGGUGGUUUGUGUGGGUGGAGAUGGGACUGCCAGCGAAGUGGCUCAUGGUAUUUUGCUUAGAGCCCAGAUAGAUGCUGGGAGAGACAAUGAUGAUGUUCUUGAACGAGUAAAAGCACAACUGCCUCUUGGAAUAAUACCAGCAGGUUCCAUAAAUACUUUGGCACAUACUCUGAAUGGAGUUCAACACAUAACAACUGCAGCGUUGAACAUAAUCCUGGGACAUCUUCGACCAGUAGACAUAUGUUCUUUCAGUAGUCCGACUGAACUGCUUCGUUUCGGUUUCUCUGCUAUGUUUGGUUUUGGAUCAAGGACUCUCGCUUUUGCUGAAAAGUAUCGAUGGAUGCCUUCAGAUCAGCGGAAAAAUUUUGCUGUAAUCAAGACACUGGCAAGUCUGAAAGCAGAAGACUGUGAAUUAUCAUUCCUGCCUUUGAUGCACUCACAGCAAACUGUCCCAGAGAAGGAUCGAAAGAAGCAAGAAAAGCUUAAAUUUGACAGCCGGGAUGAGUGGGACAAGAUCCAGGGCCGCUUCCUGAACGUGAGCAUUAUGGCAAUCCCUUGCCUGUGUUCAAUGGCACCAAGAGGCUUGGCACCUAAUACCAGAUUGAAUGAUGGAGGCAUAGCUCUUGUUGCUGUCCGGAACACUUCUCGUCCACAAUUUGUUAAACACCUGAAAAGAUACGCAGGCAUAAAAAACCAGUUUAGCUUUCCCUUUGUUGAGAUGUACACUGUUGAGGCAGUAAAAGUUCAACCAAGAACUAGAAAGAACUGCGUCAGUGAAGAAAGUAUGGAGUCCGCAGAAGAGGCCUACCCUUGGAAUGUAGAUGGUGAUUUAAUGGAAUGGACAUCGGAAAUUCUUGUCCGGGUACAUCCUGCAUUAAUUUGUCUAUAUGGAGAUGCUGAUGCAGUAGAUAAUCCAAAAUGAUAAUGCAGUUGUCUAUAGAGGAAAAUAAUGAUCAAUUCCGUAUUUCAGCUAAAUCAAGUCUGUAUCUUGAAUAUGGCAAAAGUAUUGUAAAUUAAGUCUGGAUAAGAAAUCCCUGAUAAAUUAAUUCGUUUUUUAUUCUUAUAUUAGGACACAUAUCCACAUCACUUGCUGAACUGUCUUUCAUGAUAAAUGAUCAGUCUUCUGUAUAUAUUCAAGAUUUUAGGAAUCCACGGUAUACUCUCUGGUAACUUGAAUUAAAGCAUUAAAGGAAAACUGAAAUUAUCUGUAUGUGCUCAAAUACUUGUUAUGUAAUAUCCCUUCUCUGUUAGGAGUAUUUGAAAAUUAUAUAACAGUAGUACCAAACUACAAUGUUAUGGCUAUUUAUAAGGUAAUUUGUAAAAAAUCCCCAGUAAAUUUAUAUGGAAAAUAUAAUUGUGCGAUGGUGGUUUUAUUUGAAAAGAAAAUAUUUUGCUACAGUUGUUUUUAUUAUUUAUUUGUAUAUCCUGCUUUCUCUCUCUCUUGGCUUAAGAUUUGGACUGGUAGCAUCCUUUAUUAUUGUAAAUCAUAGAACCUGUUCCCUACUGAGCUUUGCGAUUCCUCUCAUUGCUGGGAAAAUGGCCUCCUCAUAUCUAUCAGUCUUAAAGGUGCCACAGCAGCAUAGAGCUUUUUCCCUUGCCAGAUGUAACACCAUGCCCUCUGCCAUUCUUUAUGGCAGAUUCAACAAGACAGCCUAUUCAGACACUGCCUCUGUAAACAAAAAUGUGAUUACUCAUUCUUUUGUAUUGUCAUUUGUAUACACAUCUUUGUCACAAGUAUUUACAUUCUUUUAGUUAGCAUGGUGGAUUGUUCUGAUGUACUUAAGGUCUAUAGACUUUCGAAUGAUUCUUCAACUAAUGUCACUGAGAAGGUGGCUAAGUUUCUUUACUCUGUUUUAAAGGUAUGCCAAGGGACCAUAUAGAAACAAUUUAUGUUUAUGUUCACUCAGAUGUACAUGUACACUGUUGUUCCAUUUUACCUUUUUAAAACUAAUUUGUUCUAUUUUUUAUGCCAAUAAAGGCUAACUUGAA